UAAUGACUUCCUGUAUCUUCAUCACCUUCCUGUAAAAGUGUUGAAGCUGCUGACUUAGGGGAAGGUAAAAUCAUUGGCUUUCGAUAUGGCGCUCACAUCACUGUGUUUCAUCCUCUCCACGCUGAGUGUCUCUCCACACCGAUCCCAGUUCUUCCAGUAUGACCGCAUCACUCUGACCUGUGUGGCAAACUCCAGUGGCUGGACAGUGAAGAGGACAGUUUCCAGCAGCGCUGAUCAGGAAUGUCAGCACGGCUGGGCAAUACCCAGCAACUCUUCCUGCAUCAUUGGGGACGCCUAUCCAGAAGACUCUGGGGAGUACUGGUGUGAAUCCCAGAGAGGAGAAUGCAGCAACAAGGUCAACAUCACCAUAACUGCUAACACUGUGAUCCUGGAGAGCCCACUGCAUCCUGUUGAGGAGGGAGAAAAUGUUACUCUUCGUUGUUUCUACAAAGAAGACUACAAUGAUGACUCCACAUCAAAUUUCUCUGCUCGUUUCUACAAAGAUAAUGUUUUCAUUGGGAGAAAGAUCCCAGGGGAGCUCACUCUGAAAGCAGAGGAAGGUUUCUACAAGUGUCAACAUCCUUCUAAAGGAGAAUCACAACAGAGCUGGUUGGCAGUGAAAGCUAAAAAUCAACCAACAGAUUUUCCUCCCACUUCUCCUCCUGUCAUAUUUUGGCCCAGAUUAAUAUGUGGCACUGUGCUCUUCAUCUUCUACUCCUUCAUUCUCAUCUUGUGUAUACACACAUACAGGAAAUGGGCUCGAGUGUGAGUUGAUGUUAACGGAGCAGAUGCUGAUGAUGGAGAAAAGAGAAGAUGAUGAGGAAGAAGUGGAGAAAUAAAUCCAAACAAUUAGUCCUCCUGUUUAUGAGUUGGACAGUUAUGUAGAGACCAAGUUAUUAAUCCCUUUAUCCCAACAUAGAUUUAUCAAUAUAUUGUCAUUUCUUUGGAAUCACUUGAUUUUCCUCUGUGCUUUGCUCUUUUCUCAGCAUGUCUUUACAAUUCAUAAAUCAAACUGUGAAGCUGA